AUGGCACACGAGAGACACUUUCGGACAUUGGUUUCGGGUUUUUAUUUCUGGGAAGCAGCCCUGUUACUCAGUUUGGUUGCCACAAAGGAAACAGAUAGUGCAAGAUCUCGAAGUACUCCAAUGUCACCUUCUGACUUUCUGGAUAAACUAAUGGGGAGGACAUCAGGAUAUGAUGCGAGAAUCAGACCCAAUUUUAAAGGCCCUCCAGUUAAUGUCACAUGCAACAUAUUUAUAAACAGCUUCGGCUCUAUCACUGAGACGACCAUGGAUUACAGAGUGAAUAUCUUUCUUCGUCAGAAAUGGAACGAUCCCCGCCUGGCAUACAGUGAAUAUCCUGAUGACUCUUUAGACCUGGGUCCUUCUAUGUUAGAUUCCAUUUGGAAACCUGAUUUGUUCUUUGCCAAUGAAAAGGGGGCCAACUUCCAUGAGGUUACAACAGACAACAAAUUGCUAAGAGUUUUCAAAAACGGAAAUGUUCUUUAUUCAAUAAGAUUGACAUUAACACUUUCCUGCCCAAUGGAUCUCAAAAAUUUCCCAAUGGAUGUACAAACAUGUAUAAUGCAACUGGAAAGCUUUGGGUACACAAUGAAUGAUCUCAUUUUUGAAUGGCAAGAUGAGGCACCUGUACAAGUGGCAGAAGGACUCACUUUGCCCCAGUUUCUGUUGAAAGAAGAGAAAGAUUUACGAUACUGCACUAAACAUUACAAUACAGGAAAGUUUACGUGUAUAGAAGUGAGAUUCCAUCUUGAACGACAAAUGGGAUACUAUCUGAUCCAGAUGUACAUUCCCAGUCUCCUGAUCGUUAUUCUCUCCUGGGUUUCAUUCUGGAUCAAUAUGGAUGCGGCACCAGCCAGAGUAGCUUUGGGAAUAACCACUGUGCUGACCAUGACCACACAGAGUUCAGGCUCACGAGCCUCCCUACCAAAGGUUUCAUAUGUCAAAGCGAUUGACAUUUGGAUGGCAGUAUGCCUCCUUUUUGUGUUUUCAGCACUUCUGGAGUAUGCAGCUGUAAAUUUUGUGUCAAGACAACACAAAGAACUUCUGAAAUUUCGGCGGAAGAGAAAGAAUAAGACAGAAGCUUUUGCAUUGGAGAAGUUUUACCGUUUCUCAGACAUGGAUGAUGAGGUAAGGGAAAGUCGUUUCAGCUUCACAGCCUAUGGAAUGGGGCCAUGUCUGCAAGCAAAAGAUGGUGUGACCCCAAAGGGCCCAAACCAUCCUGUCCAGGUAAUGCCAAAAAACCCAGAUGAAAUGAGAAAGGUCUUUAUUGAUCGGGCCAAGAAGAUUGACACCAUCUCCCGGGCAUGCUUCCCAUUAGCCUUUUUGAUUUUUAAUAUUUUCUACUGGGUCAUCUAUAAAAUUCUUAGGCAUGAGGAUAUUCAUCAGCAACAAGAUUAAGUCUCUG